UAUUUUGAUUUUAAACAUGGCGGAUUUUAAGAGGUUGAAAGUUGUUAUUGUGGAUUAUAUUUUGUCUUUAAAUUUGUUAAUUGUGAGUGAAAAAAAUUUUUUUCGGUGCUUUUCUAAUAAUUAAUGUGUUAGUGUUGUUGUUUUAUCCAAAUGAAAACUUUAAUUUAAAAAUUCAUUGAGUAAUUGAGUAUUUCUUUCGUCGGCUGAAGGAUAUCAUUUAUCGCAAUUUCACUUCGGAAAUCGAAGCAGAAAGAGGAAACACGUUUCUUCAUCGUUUCUCGCAGCCAAUCAGCGACUGCAAAAUAUAGCGAAGAGAACGAAAAUAUUGUGAUUUCACCGCGUUCAGAUUCAAACUGUGUUCAUUUUCGUUUCGUGGAAUUUUUUUCCGAGUUUUUGAAAAACAAAAUCUAUUGAGAACUGAGUCCAGUGUACUUACGAAGGAGAUCCCAAACACUUGCUAGCUAAAAAGAGAAGGCGGUCUUUCGACCACCAAACUCCUACACAUCGCAUCCCCGUUCACGGGUUUAAUCAAUAUAAUGAUCUAUGAUUUUGAACUGGAAAAGGCGAUGUAUUUGUGGAAUGGUCGACUUUUGCAAUUGGAAGAGGAUAAAGUGAAGCGUUCGUUAGUGGUGAAUAUAAUGAAUACGACGUUAGUUUGAUUAUUCAGAUGGGAACAAAGAACAAUACCGAAAGCUUUGUAUCAUCUGUAAUCUCAUCGGGAACGACAACAUUCUCUUCGACGUCAAAUUACCACUUUACCGGCUCCGCAACAACGGGUCAUCACAUCGGAGUCCAACAACAACAGCAGCAGCAGCAGCCGCAACCCCAACAGCAUCUCUUAUCGAAUUUAGCAAACAGUGGCGGCGGCGGCAGCAGUAGUAGUAGCACCGGCACCAGCGGUCGUGUUUUAACAAGUACUACGAUAUCUUUGAAUGCAGGCCCAUCGGCUCAUCAAAUUGGUAAACAUAGGUUGCCGAUGCAGCUGAGUAGACCUCCGACAACCGGGUCUAUCGGCGUAUCAGUAAUCACGCCAGCGGUCGGAGUAGCCACUGGAUCGGCAUCUUCGGUGGUAUCCCAAAAGGAAGCUUCUGUUCAGCAACAGCAACAUUUUAAGCAUCAGAUAUUGAAUCAACAGCAAGCUCAACAUCAGCAUCAGCAACAGCAACAUAAGAUACAGAAUAGAAACACCGCUGCGGAGCGUACUACAAAUGACGCGUAUGGCAGAACGAACGUUACCGCGUAUUCGACUCCGACCAAAUUAGUUUCUUCUCCUACGACGGGCGUCACGAUAACGCCCAUUAACAGCGCAUACAUGCCUAGUAAAUCUUCGAAAAUCGUCGGGCCCUCGCCGACCGCCUCGAUUGUGUAUUCGCAUACGCAACAUUUACCCAAAUACAUCUCUAGUAGUAGAUUUUUAGUAAAUACGGAUAAAGGAGAUGUAUACAUCAACGAUGACGGUACCCUCGGCGAAAUUCCAGAUAAACGGCUCCAGUACAGUAAUCAUUUGCCCCCUGAUUAUCAAUAUGUGUUACAAGAUCAUUCUUAUUCGCAAUUACCAGAAUCACCACCGCCACCUCCGACACCGCCGACGCCCACCCAAAGAACAACCAUCAACGGAUUGAGCAGAAUUAAUUCGUCGGCGACCCCUACCAAAGUUACGUUAAACAAUAACCGAUUGGUAACGGUUAGCGGUGGUACAGCGACGGCAGCUCAGCUAGCGAAUAAUUUUUCGAGUUCCAGCCAUCAUCACGGACAUGGUGGAUCCCACGGGCACGGCCAUGGGCGUCUAAAUAACCAACAACAGCAGCAGCAACAUCAUCAUCAUCAACAGCAACAGCAACAACACCAUCAUCAUCAGCAACAGUUGCAUUUGCAACAGCAGCAGCAACAGCACCAUCAUCAUCAGCAGCAGCAACAGCAACAUCAGCAUCAGCAUCAUCAGCAGCAGCAACACCAUCAUCAUCAGUCGUCUGGGUUACUGACGCAGGCGAAUAAUAAUAGUUCUAUGAACAGUUACUCGUCGGUGAGCGCGAUUGUAAAUAGCGUCGCUACCAGUAUCCAUAAUAAUACGGCGACCAGCGUGAUAGCGGUGAAUCCGAAGAAGAAUUUCGGACCUCAGACGGCCCUCGGUUCGCUGUCCGGUGUACCGAAGUCGUUAUUGAAAGUAGGCGCGCUCGAUAGACGCGACGAAAGUGAUCUCAGCGAAGAUGACCGUAUACCGGAUCCGCACGGUGAAGAGACCGAAACGGCGCCCGAAGCUGAAGAAGAGAGUGUUACGAGAUGCGUUUGUGAUUUCCAACACGAUGACGGAUACAUGAUCAGUUGCGACAAGUGCCUAGUUUGGCAACAUGUCGUUUGUAUGGGUAUAUCGUGGAACCAGAUACCGGAAGAGUACCAGUGUGAGAAAUGCCAACCCAGGUAUAUCGAUAAGAAACGCGCUGUCGAAAUCCAAAAGAAAAAAAUCGCCGAAAAAUUAUGUGUCGGCGUGAAUGACGAUAGCGACUCGUCAGAUGCUCCUACUCCGAAUGCUCGAGGAGGUGCCAAAAACCAAACCAAACGUAAAUACAAAGGUCGCCGCACGCAGAACAAGCGUAAAAACGCCAAAGAAAACAUGAAAGACGGUAAACAGCCGAAACGUAACUCGAUGAGCGCAGCCGGUGGCAGUUCUAUGGGCAAAAAACGUCAAUUCUCCGAAGGAGGCGGUUCUACGGUAUCGCCGCCGAUAUCACCUUCGCCGUCGUCCAACAUCAAUAUGUCGGCCGAGCGUAAAAAACAGCUGCUGCUGGAACGCAAACAAAUGCUUCUGGAGAAAAAACAAAUCACCAAACGGUCCAUUCGUAAACCGCAAACGCAGAAUGCUAAACGUAAUUUAGAUAAGAGCAAGACGGACGACGAAUACGAACGUAAAUCAAUCGGCCCUUAUACCGAUAAAGAAGAAGAUAGCGAUCACUGUGCUAUUCAACAAGUUCGAGAAUGGGUAGACAGAUACGAAGAAGCGGUCACCAAUCAUUACUCGCAAGAGUUACGAGCUCGUUUGAGCGCUGUUCAAGUCAACGGCGUUCAUUCCGAUUUGAAAUACACGACUUUGCUUAAAUCUGUCGAAAAGUGUAAAUCAUCGUUAUUAUCCACCGGUGGAAAAAUCGUUGUAACUACGUGUAGCUUAUCGGCGAAUCAACCUAUAAUCGAAUUACGGGGCAAAUAUAUGUGGACUGGUGCUGCGUCUUUCAAACAAAACGAUAUUUCGCCGUCCACUCCGUACGUGUUUUACUAUCGAUUACCAAAGCAAGAUAUCGAAAUAUGUGUGGAUUGUCGAAAAUACGGCAAUUUUGCCAGAUUCGUUCGGCGGUCGUGUAAACCGAAUUCAGAGCUGCGCCAUUGUAUUCGUAAAACCUCCCUACAUCUGUACAUAAUCGCUACCCAAGCGUUGAAGAAAAAUUCGGAAAUCUUAAUCGGCCAUUUCAGCCCAGAGACGGCCAACAGCUGUGUAUGCGGAUCGCCGGAAAGUUGUACAGCGGCGAAGACACCGUAUCCGCCACCUAUGUCCAGGUACGGCGAUAAACAUUCGCGAGAAUCUCCUUCUAUUCGAUCGUCUUCGACGUCGUCGAAUAAAAAAACCCCAGUGCAGGCGGAUAAAGGUAAAAAGAGAGUCAAAGAGGAUAAACGUAAGUUAACCAAAGAAAAAAGACGCGGCAGGCGAAGAUCGCCUUCAUCGGGAAGUAACACCGAUCAAGGAGAGUCGUCUGAUCGUGAUCAAUCGCCGACUGUGCCGUCUAAAUUGACGGUCAACAUGUGGGCCAAGCCAACGCUUAAUUCGUCUUCGACGCCGGUCGUAAACGAUACAUCGGCCACAACGACGACGACCAUGAUGACCAAUCGUAGCAUUAGCAGUAAUAAUAAUAAUAACAACAAUAACAACAACAACAACAACAGCGCCGACGAAGAUAUGUCCGAUAACGAGACGCAUUCUGAAAGCGAAAUGCCACCUUCGCCGAGUCCGUCGAAUCCGCCGGAAGAUUCCAAACCACCUGUAUCGAGUAAUUUGACCAUCCCGACGUCGCAGCCUGACUCGGCUACGAGUAACGGAUUGAACGUCACGUCGAACAGUGUCGAUAAUCAUAGCGACAGCGAGAAACCAGCUGUCACCACUCCGACGACGCCGAAUAGUACGCCGAGCUCGUCGACUAAAUUAAAUUCCAGAUCUACGCGUACUUCGGAUUACGCCAAAAAGGAGAAACAGCAGUUAGAUAUGCCGUUGUUCUUCCAGACACCAAAUAAUCAUAAGAUGACUCGCGAAGAGAAGAAAAUCCAAGCCAUAAUGAAAGCCUUCGAGCAAAUGGAGAAAUCCGAAGCACGUAAGCAAGAGAAUCAGCAAAAGCAUCGACGCGAAUCGACCUCGGACGCGGAAGCUUGCGGUAAAAAGACACCAUGUCGGAAAAGCUCGACGUCUAAAUCGCGUAAAAACACCGAUACCAGCGAAUCAGGACGUCGUGGAGGCGACGACGAUAAUUCCACCCGAAAUUCGCGUAAAAAUUCCCAGACUACCGAAGACGACGAUGACGACGACGGUAACGCAUCUUCGUCGGCGAUCGAGUCGUCUUACAAUCUCCAUAAACUACAUUCGAUGAAAGAAGAGCCAAAAUCAGACGAUUCUUACCGUAAACCGAACUACAUCGUCGAGAAUGGCGGCGGAGCGCGUAGCAUCAAGGUAGAAACCGAAGAUGACGAGGAUUCGGAAGAUGCUUCCGGCCUAGACAAAGGCACCGAUAACGAAGACGAGAAACCUGUAGUCUCGAUUGAACCGAAGAAGUUGAUGACGUCGCCGGUGAAACUGUCGCCUAGCGGGAUGGUCGCCGGGUUCACGUCGCCCGGUACUCUAUCUCCGGUUAAAGUGAAUAACUCCAGGUUCGACGUUAAAAUACCCGUUUCCGAGUCCGCCGAUAAGGAAUCCGUCAGAAGGAAGAAAAGCGAGGGAGUUGUCACUCCGAAGACUAAAUCCGUCAAGCUACAGUCACCGUCCAAGGCUAGAACGAAUAAACCGACGCCCAGAGGGAAAGCUACCCUGAAGACCAAGGUUCCCAGAGGCAAAAAGCGGAAAAGUGACAGCGGCGCCGAAGAUUCACCCGAUACAGACCCAGCCAUCGGCGAUAUCAGCGAAAGAACUCGUAGCGCCGUCCAAAGACAAAAGAAAGCAGCUUUUACGAAACCUACCAAAGAUGAUAAGAAAAAUUCGCUGGCGAAUUCACCGAAUAAGUUUAAAAAGACUGACGAUCCGGUCAUUUCACCGUUCUCGACGCCGCCCAAAUCGAGAGAACGAUUGGAUAGCAGUAGCAGCAGCGGAGGCACUCCUCCAACCCCGGUGUCCGAUACCUGUCUUCUGGUGGCCGCUGCCGUCGGUCAUCUUACUGAUUUCAAAUUUCCAAAUACGAAAAAAGAACUGAUGAACGCCUGGUUCAAAGAAGAGCGUAAACCAUCGCCCGAUGAAGAAAUACCAAAUAAAUUAACCAAUCAAGAGAGCGGAAAUGAAUAUGCCAAGAAACGUUGGCUCAGACAGGCGAUCAGCGAAGAAGGAGAUAGCUCUGGUCCAAGAUCUGAAGAGGCAGUGUCACCGAAUGGCGACUACGGUGGUCCUUUAAAGAAACGUCGUUUUGCUCGAGAAUCGAUGUCCGAACAAACAUGUGGCUCGCCAACGACCGGUUCAUUUGGCGGCAGUGUUGGCUGCGACUCGAAUCAGAUGUCGUUUGAUGAUGACGAUGACGACGUUGCCUCUCCCGACGACGCUUGUUCACUUUACCGGGCCAGCGAGGGUGAUGGCGUCGAAGCAUAUCACCCCACUCGGCUCCAAAACGAAAGUAAACCUUCAGUUACCGAAGAGUCGGCUGGGUCGAAGAAUAUCACCGCUUUGGAUAGCGGCUCGACAACACCGCCGCCCGAUAAAAUGCCAACCACUCCUACACCUCCUUUGGAUAUGAUGGAUAAAGACGAAAGCAGCAUUAUCGUAGGCAGUGUGCUGUCCAGCGUGUUGUCUGCGGUGGCCAACGUCGAUAAUCAGUCUCCCCCUCCACCACCACCCUCAACGCCACCUCGGCCUGUUACCCCUCCACCUAAAGUGGAGGCGAAAAAGCCGCCGGAAACGGCUAGUCCGCCGAUCAGCAAGAAAAAACUCUCGCUGACCGAAUACAAACAACGUAAAAGCACCGCUGCCCCGAGCACGCCGACGACACCAGGAGUGCCAACGACAGUACCAUCGUUAGUCGGAAAUACAGAUAUUAUCGGCGACGUUGUCCAAGAAGUUCCUGCAUUGGCGUCUGCCCCGCCUCCGACAAUCGAUCCGGCCGAGACGGUUGAACGAUCGUCUUCGCGGUCGUCGAUAACGUCGUCGAGCUGUUCCGAAGAGGAAGACAAUAGUCAUGCCGCUUCAGCUCAGGUCAUUGCCAGGUCGCUGAUGAUCGAAAGUCGACACUUAUCUUAUGGCCCUCAAGCGAGCGCUUUGUUCAAUUCGAUACGAUCUGGUUCUUUGGGCGGCGCAACUGCGCAGACAUUCAACUCGAAAACGAACCCCGGCGGCGCGGCUUUACCUCGUGAAAAUCUGGCCGACAGAUUGAAACGCGAAUUCGACGUUCACGUGCAAGAAGACGAAGCGGAGAAAAAUCGAACUAUGCCGCCUCCAUUAUCGCCGAUUAAAAUCCAUGUGCCGAUGCAACCGCAACCCGAACACUCGGCCGCCGUGGUAGCCGCAGCCACUGCAGCGGUUCUGGGAACGACGCCGAAAGAUCUGCAUUUAAGGCUGAAGAAAAUCGUGCCUCCGCCGCCUCCUCCUCCUCUGCCGGCAAUACCUCCGCCGACAUUGCCUCCGUUACCGGAUCCGUCUCAGUUGUUCGGCCCGUACUAUCCGUACACGGCUGUACCCAGAGUGCCUACGUAUUUUACGGCUCCGCCACCGCCUCCGCCUCCUGUGCCUCCGCCGGUACCUCCGCCUUUACUUCCACCGCCUCCGCCUCCGCCGCCACCUCAGUAAAGGGGCAACACAGGCUACACCGUACGUGUUUUAUUAUCAUUAUGCUACAAGCAAACGAUGUGAACUUUUUAUUACAACUCGACGCGGAAGAGUCUCCGUUUAAGUACAAAUUUACCGGGUGAUCGAAAAUAUUUUCUUCUGUCUUUUCUCUCUCUUUUUUUUGUACUAAAUACGUAAGUUUAAUUAAUUUGUGCUCGUAUUUUGUUCGUUUGUUGGGAGUUGCUGUUGUUUUUCUGUUCAAAUUUUUCGCUUCGCUGCCUCGUUUCGAUAAACCGAGUUUUACGAAUCGACGACGACCUGUAAAGAAGUACCUAAAUAUUGACGUUAGAGUUUUAACAUUAUUCGUGAAUCGAACGUAUUUUUUCGUACGUUUCCGCUGCCUCCAGCUACAUAUACCCAAGUUGAGUAAAUUAUUAUUUUUUAUAAACGUGAAAAUUAUGAUCGAUUUACACAUUUUUUCGUACUCGAUUGGUUGAUGGUUGAUUUCCGUUUCUUUCUCCCCUUUUCUUUUUCUUUUUUUUUAGAAAAAAAACUACGAUAAUAUUACGCUUUAUUUUUGUUUUUGUUUUGUUUGUUUUUUUUCUCUUUUUUAAUUAUUUUUAACUAGAGGGAUACGUAUGUAUCUGUGCUACGUUCGAGUAUUUUUUUUAUACAUUUAAUUACGAAACGCAAUAUAGGAAGUUUAAAUUUUAUUUAAUUUAUAGAACAAUAACGCGACGUGCCUGUUGUAACUUUAGUUUAUUUUUUUGUGUCUUGUCUCUUGUUCGUUUUCCUCCGCUCCGUUUUCUCUUUUUUUUUCUGGAUAAAAACAUUCGAUAAUUUUUCUCUCGUCGUAGGAGCUGUUUUUAUCGCGAACAUUUGAUUUGUCUUCGUUCAUCAUUAUUAUCUGCAGUUUUGAGACGAACUAAAUCUUGUGUUCCCAUUCCCCCCCCCCCCCCCCCACUGAGCCUAAUUUAUUGACGGUGCAUUUUGUAUGUAAGAUUGUUUUUUUUAUGCAUAAUUUAAAUAGGUAAAAUCUCCAUCCACUUACGUUCUUUCUCCUCAGAGAUUGCCUCUCUCAAUGAAAAUCGUACUCCCUCGACCCUGAUGACCGGAAAGGGCAUUAUUUGGAAAUUCUACAGACACCCUGUAGUAAUUUGCAGAAGAAGUCGACGACGAGAUACGAUCGGUGAAUCGAUUGAUUUAGUUGGACGGCUGCGUAGUUGUAUGAUCAUCGGUUUGGUAGCUCAGAAGCUUCCCUCUUCCCCUCCUCAUCUCCAUCACGAUAUAUAAUAUCGUAUACGAGAUCUUCCCAGUGUUCGUAGAUGUGUGUCUGUUGUUGUUGUUGAUCUUCCGUGAUGAUUGCGCAUGUUCCUAGUCUAUUUUUUUUUGUAUAUUUUUUUGCUGUUUUUUUUAAACGAUUUAUCUCGGAAAUACGAGGUGUGUUUUUGUAGUAGGCAAGUUAGAUCUGAUACAGAUGGGAAGAAGGUUGUUGGUUUUGACGGGGAAGGUGAAGAAAAAGGGAGUUGAUGAUUUUUUUCCGUACCCUAUGGUUCCAGGUUCUCGGACAGUUCGUCGAAUGCGGAUUUUUAUUAAAUUAUUCGAGCUUUUUGGACUUGGAAAAGUUGUAAAAUCCUAUCAAUAGAAAUCGUUUCGAAGUUACUGAAGCAUGGCAAAUUUGAUUCUUUUCAUUAUUCUCAGUCUCGCUGUUUUAGUGAAUGAUUCUGAUUUAGAUCAUUUUCGGUGUUUGAGUUCAUUGACCUUUCAAACAGAAUUUUCAUUGCGGAAAGAAUCGAAUUUUCCAUGCUUUUCGUAUUAUUCAAAAAAAUCAAAAUGAACGAUUUCUCUUCUUUGGAUUUGUUGCUACACUGUUUGAAAAAUUAUUUGAAAAUCGAGAUUAUUUGAUUAUUUUCGAAAAGAAUUUUAUGAAUUUAUGCUUGAAAACGGGCAAAAUUUAUAUUUUUCAAAUUUGUUUCCUCGUUUUUAGAUUUUGAAGACGUACGCGAUCUUGAAAUUCGCCCCUUACAUCCCUAUGGUCAGCAAAUUACUUCAUGCCAGGGUCAUUUUUUCCAAACUAUAAUAUUAGAAUCGGGUAAUGUUACAUUUUCCUCGCCCAAAUUCGACCCAGUGUCCGGGAACCAACUCGAUGGUCGAGCUAUCGAUGACUUCGGAGCUCUUAGGUUCAUUUUAUAAAAUGCAUUUUUGAGAACACCUGUGCACCUUUUUUGACUCUUUCUCCGAGUACAUUUGAAAGAAAAUACCUAAGCAUAGAUCUGAUUGUGGUAAUUCGUGCAGUUGGCAGUCUGCGCCCGGUUUUGUUUACCUCGCUAUUACCCUCCCUGUCCCCUUCCCCGUCCCUUCCUUCUUCCUCUCCUUACAACCGCGUAGCUGUUUCUAUUUGAAAAAAGUUCGCUACAUUUAGCCCAAUUCUAUUUGAAAAAAAUCAAUAAAAUUAGUAUUCGAUUUAAAAAAAUUGACGAGUACCUAAUUUUCAUUUUUUUACUAUCGCCAACAGAAAAAAAAAGUGAGCACAUUUUGUACAAAUUGAUCGAAUAACUUUCUAUUAUACAAUCGUCUAAGAAAAGUGAUAAAAUUGCUCUUAUUUUUGUACUCUUAUAUGAUGAAAAUUUAUUACCAAGUUGAAAAGUAAAAUAGCUGAAAAUGAAAAUCGCGUCUAUCGCGUGUCUCAAUUUUACUCUUGUAAUGCUUAAAGAAAAGAAAAUAAUAACGUUUAAUUUUUAUAUUGUAAAUAUCGUGUACGUACAAUUAAUAUUUUGAUUUUUUUUUUUUGUAUUUAAAAUAAACAGCCCGAGUGACCUUUCGGUGAAAGUUCGAUUUCCGGUGAAAUUUUCUAGUGAUCCGAAGGUACAUACCAUGCGAAGGCUGGUAACAUAAAUGAGUUUAAUUUUGCUGGCAAUUCCCAAACCCGGAUUGACCAAUUAGCGUCUAUUUUUCUUAUUUUUUACGACGACGUUUGGAAAAUUUCAUCUCAAAAAAAUGUAUCGAGGCGAUUUUUCGACACACAGAUGGCCCCUAUUCAACAGUUACCGUUCUCUUAAUUUUUUUUUGUACUAAUUUUACUGUUGUAAUGUGUGUAAAUAUGCGAUGACUUUCUAUCCCUUCUGUGUUUUUUUUUAUCCCUUACUCCCUUAGUUGUUGUUGAACUUAUGAUGAAUCAGCUAAAGCUGAGUUUACACGGAUAUGAUUUCUUUUAAGGUGCCAUCUUGGACGAAAAUUCUCCUUCAGUAUCUAUGUAGGUACCUAUUUAUUUAUCGAAAGACGUACGCGACCGUCAUCUGAGAUAUAAUUUUUUGCGCGGUUUGAAAAAUCAAAAAUUUCCCUUUUCAUGCCCAAAGUUACCAAUAAUGAAAAAAAAAACUGGAUGGUCUUGUAAUUUGAAAUUGAAACGAUUUACGUUGGUAAAUGAUAUUGGAUUGAUGUCGACGCGUCGUCUUAGUUGAUUUUUGGAAAAUAAAAUAAUUAAAUUGACGAGGGAUAUACGAAGAGAAAUGGACGAAAGGGAUAUUUAUUUUAGUUACCAUUUUUCGAUUUAAUUAUAUUAUAUAGGACGAUAGAGUGUUUAUUAUAUUUUUAUUUUUUUUGUAUAAAAAAUGUUGAGAAAAUGUUCGAAGGCGUAUGUUGUUUUUAUUGUUUAUUGUUACGUCGUGUUUAGUAAAACGAGAAAAAAAAAUGAAAAAAAAUUUGUAGAUUUUUAAGCUUUUUGUGUAUAAAAAUAAUGAAGAAAUGAUUUUUUCGAUUUUUUGAUUUUUUUUUUCUAGAUUAUGUAUUGUUUACAAUUUUUGUUUCUCUUUCACUUGCUGUAAUAAGUCAUUGUAUAAAUUUUGUGUAUAAAAUUGUUACGAGUAUAAUAUGUCGUUGCUGGUUUAAUCGAAUGCAACAUUUUGUUAUUGUUUUUCUUUCUCUUUUUUUCGUUACGUGCUCAUUUUCUAGAUAAAAUGAUAAAUUUAUAUAAAAUAAUACAAAAAAAAUGGUAAUUAUAAAAAAUAAGAAAAUAUAUAAGGAUGAAAAAAAAAUUUGUAGGUAUAGUUGUAAAAUUUUGUAUUGUUGUAUAUAUUGUGUGAGGUGAGAUUGUUUUAAAGAACCGACCAUUGUCAGGGGCGGCGUUCAUAUGUAACGUGUCAUUUUUUUCUUUUAUUUUUUUUCUCUGAUUGUUCUUAUAGAAGUAAUUUAUUUUUUAUGUUCUUUUUUUCCUCCACUUGAUCAUCUUCCGUCUUGGAUGCCCCUCCCCUUCUGUUUGUAAGUUUUAAAACGUUUUAUUAUUUAUUUGGAAAAAAUAUAAGUAAAAUUUUAUUAUUAUGAAUAAUUGAUAAAACGUGUACUGAAAAUGUACAAAAUGUAAACAAGUUAUUAUAGUUUAUUUUCUAUUGUUUAUAUGACAUUGUAAAAUUUUAACUUUUUGUCAAAAUAAAAUAUAUUCUUUUAAA